UGCCCUCGUUUUCCUUCCUUAUCGAUCCUGGGUUUUAAAACUGGCUGAGAAGUCUCGGUCUCGGGAAUACGAGUCCAGUUGUAUUGUUGCACGCACGAACACACGUGGUAGUUCUCCGGGUGCAAUUUAUUUAUUCAGAAGUGCUCAGUUUAAUGAAGUAAAGUGGGUUUGAGGUUAGAAAGCACAAGUGACAGGAUUUACUUAAAAAAAUGCAGCACGACGAUGUUGUCUGGAGCAUCAUCAAUAAAUCGUUCUGCUCGUUCAAAGUCAACACCAAGGGCCAGAGGUUCUGCAGGAACGAGUACAAUUUGACAGGAUUGUGCAGUCGGGCGUCGUGUCCGCUGGCCAACAGUCAAUAUGCCACCGUCAGGGAGGAGAAUGGAAUAAUUUACCUGUUUAUGAGAACAGCUGAAAGAAUUCAUGAACCCAAAAAUCAGUGGGAAAAGGUCAAAUUAUCCAGAAACUUCGAGAAGGCCAUCCACCAGAUAAACGAGAACUUACUGUACUGGCCGGGUUUCAUCAAAGCAAAAUGCAAACAGAGAUUUGUGAAGAUCACUCAGUACCUCAUUCGUACGAGAAAAAUGAAGCUGAGGCGCCAGAAAAAAAUUGUCCCAUUACAGAGGAAGAUCGAGAGAAGGGAGAGACGAAGGGAGGAAAAGGCUCUCAUUGCUGCGAAGCUUGAUACUGCUAUUGAGAAGCAGUUGAUGGAUAGGUUGAAACAAGGAAUGUACCAGGAUAUCUACAACUUCCCACAGAGGGUGUUCGACAAGGCAGUGGAGGCUGUUGAAGUUGAAGGCGAUAGCGAGAGAGAGAGUGAAGCUGAGGAGGAGAGUGAACAGGAAAUUGAUAAGGAAGUGGAAAUCGAGUUAGAAGCUGAUGAAAAUCAAUUUGAGAGAAACGGAGGGAGGUUCGUGGAAGCUGCUAGUGACAGUGACGAGGACGACGAUGAUAAUUAUGAAGAAGAGAUGGAGAGUGAUUCCGGGCAGAGAGAACGGGUCGAUUUGUCUGACAGUUUCGAAAGUGACACAAGUGAUAUCGAGGAUAUCACACCUCCAAUGAGCAAAUCGAAAUUGAAAUUGAAUAACGGAAAGAAAGGAAAGUCCAAAAGACCUAAAGUCGAAAUUGAAUAUGAAACUGAGGAAGCCCCCAGGGAAAGACUACGAGCUUGAGAUUUGUUGUUAUUUUAAAAUUAUAAUUUUUCAGUGUAAUAAACGUCUUAUCAAACACAAAGCAAA